AUCCAUGAGUAGCUGUAAUGCAGAGAGGGAUACAGGUCGCAUCACCACAGUCCGUAGGAAACAAGGUACCAGCAGGUUGUCAAGAUACCACCGAUCACAACGGAAAGAGCGUUUGCUGGCGGGAGUUUACCGCUGAGGCGUCGGAUGGAUGAUGAGGAGGAGGACAUGUCACAGCCCAUCUCGCAGCUCUGGGGAACGUCCUUUAGGGACGUCAAAUACGAAGACCGAGCCUCACCGAUUGCAGCCGGACAGGCCCUUGCUGCCGUCACCGCUGCCGUGCCCACAUCGCAAAGUCACAACAACAACAACAUCAGCAUCAACACGCUGCCCUGCAGCUUGCACUGGCAGCCUCGCAUACCCUUUCACGGCAACGCUGGAUUACGCUCACAUUUCCCUGCUCAGUUUGAGCCUAUGGAGGACCGGGGAGAGAGGCAGAUUGAAGAGGAGGAGGAGGAGGGCAGAGGGGAGGAAGAUGACAGGAUGGCAGAGAGGCCCGGGGAGCAGGCAGGGGUGAGCGUCGAGGCGCAAAUUGGCCGUAAACUUCGGGAGAUCGGAGACAAGUUCCAACAGGAUCACGUUGAACUGUUCAUGAGGCACCAGAGGCAAAACCUGCCCAUCUGGAUGCGGCUCACGAUGGCUCUGUUUGGCUUUCUCUUUCCAAGAGAGGCUCUCAUCCCCCGCCUGAGAGGAGAGCAGAGAUGAAGGGACUUCCUGCUGGCCCUUGCCUCGGCCCUUGUUUUCCCUCAGCAGAAACAAGGGACCAGACUUUUAGCGAUGGCACUGUAAGAUGGAACACGGGUUUGGAUUUUGUUUUCUAAUUGAAUAUGAAGAUGAGAUGAAGAAAACACUGGUCACCGCUGGACGGAGACUGAAUACAAAUUUUUUUUUUUCCUUUUUUUUUUUAUUUUUGCUGAUUUGUUUAGUUUUUUUUCCCGCCUCUCCAAGAAGAAGCCAUUGUGUUUGAAGAGAUAUUUUCGAAAUAUUUGUAAGAUUACCUAUUUUGUACAGUAAACUGCUCUUUUUUUUUUUUUUGGUAAUUCAAGUCUUGAAGGACCUCCAUCAGUCCAGGGAAUGCCUUAUUCUCUCCUGCCACAGUACAUGCUCUUAUGCAUCAAGGAUACCAUAUGAAAGAGAUCAAUUUUAACAUUAGGCCACUUUUUUUGGCGAAACACUGUGGACGUGGACAUUUCUGUGCUGAAGUUACUGACUUAAAACCUUGAGGACUCGAGGCACAUUUCUAAUUUAUUCUCAGAAAAAAAAAAAAAAUAAGCCCUGUACUUAUCCUUUACUGUUCCACACUGGCUAAUAUGAAAAUGGGUGUCAUGACGUUGUGGCAGUGUUACACACUGGUGUUGCACUGUUGGUCAGUUUAGAUGCGUGUUUUAUCAGCUUCCACUGUAGACGUAGGGACAUUAUAUGAAUCUGUGUCUUUUCACUGGUGUCAUCCAUCAGCCUCUCCAUCUCCAGCACCACCCAUGUUAUUAGAAGUGGCCUAACGACCCACUGUGUAGAUUCAGAUCUUGUUGUUUUAAAGGAUAAACGCAUGUAUACUUGAAUUUAGGUGUACUGAAGAUUUUAGUCUCGCAACUUCAAGACCUGACAUCGUAGUCGUGAUUACUCUUUCAAUUUGUGAUCAUUUGUUUGUGGGAGUGUGUGCUUACUGUUUCCAAAAUGUGCAGUAAUUGUGAAACCAAAUAAGCACAAAGUCAAUCAAGUCUCCUCUGUGGGAUUACGAUCAGGGAACUGGAAACAAUCAGACAGCUGAAAGGCUUUGGAUAAACUUCACCCUUUUCUAAAGCUUUUCAGGAUUUCUUUCUCUGGCUGGAUUGACAAUCGCAAUUUUGCCCUUUGCUGCAUCGUGGGUCGCCUGUGGGGGAGAUGACAUUUAUCAGCAUUUUUAGGGGGUGAGCAAUAUUCAAGCCAGUGGAAGGAAGUAAAAUCUUAGGGAUCAGCUGCAUUUGCAAUCAAACUGACAUCCAUAGAAGGACAUUUCCCAAAAUACGACUGUGCUGUCCGUGAAAUACGCCUCCUUACAAAUAUCUUUGUUACAGACAUGUUUUGGGUUAAAGUUACAGAGAUGCAUUUUUAUUUUAUUUCACUCCAGGUGUAAAUCUUUCAAGCACUGAUUCAAGUCUGACGUGCUAAUCACAUGUAUGAGAUUUCCCAAGUUUAACCUCUUAUUCAAGUGCUUUCUUUCACCAAACUGCCGGUUGUACAUUCAGCUUCACUGAGAACUUAGUAAAAGCAGCUUCUGUACAGUUAAAAAAAAAACAACAUUUUUCGAACACACAGACACAUCUGGGUGGAGGAGAAAGUUUAUACAUCCUUGUGCGACAACUGCUAUGUUAGCAUUUUGCAAUGACACAGCCACUGUUUCUCAAUGUAAGGCUUAUCAAGGAAAAAGUCUUAAAAGACUUUAAACGAGAUGUUAAAAAUUCCUCAUUUGAUGUGUUAUUUCAGUCUGUUGUAGAUUCAUGAUAUGACCUUUUGAAGACACUGAUGGGUUUUUUUUUUCCUGCUUUAUGUUUUCAUCAGGGAGUAGUUAAUAACCAUGUUAAUCACAUGACGCUUAUUAUGAGAUUCUAAAAAUCUGCCUUUGAGUGAGGACUCCACUGAUGCUUUUAGUCGUUUGUGGUUUGCGUCGCUGAACAAGCAAAGAAGUUUCAAUAGACUUGUUACUUUUUCCAAAGCGGUUUCCCUCAACACCAAUGUGGAAGUGUGCUACAGAUUGUCGGGAGAUUUUUUUUUUUUUUUUUUUAUUCUUUAACUAUGUGAGUAGCUGAACCAAAAGUUUGUUUCCUGCAAGCACUGAACGCUGAGCCAAUUCAGAAAGUUGUGACGCACUCUCUGGUCUGCAGUCCAAAGCUUCAUCCUCUCUCUCUCUCCUCUAUUCCUUAAACGUCAUGUUUAACUACUCCCUGUCCUUACUGAGAACAUUUUGUUUUAUUUUCUUUGAGAUAAUUUAUUCUAAUUUAUUUUGUGUAUAUUUGCUCAGUGCUACUGUAUAGAUGCUAUCUCAGUGUGUACAGUCCUUUUCUUUUUACUGUUGAUGUGCAUUCAGUUGUGUGUUUGAUGCCUGUGUGUAGGGAGGUUGGACUAAAGCCAUGUGCCUCGUGCGUUCUCACACCAAUGGCUGUGAGUCUUUACAAAUCACGUGAACAACAAGACAAUCAAAUGUACAAAACGUGCCUUGUGAGUAACAGACCUGCCACAUCAUCAUCAUCAACCACUUGGCAUAACUACCCAAAGUCACCGGUCACAGCUCUUGUUUCACUCGGGCUCUGUGAGAUCAACAUACAAUAGAGUUGGCAGAAACAGUACAGCGCGUUCGUCGUGCCUCGACACAAACUAAGAAUCCGUUUGAUCCCUCACAUCAGCUCACGAGGCACAGGCUCAACCUUUGACAUCUCUCAGCACGAACGGCGAACGGUUUCACCUCGCAAAACCAUCUCAAUAUCAGAAGCGACUGUUUGCAGUCAAUGUGCACUGUAAAAAAAAAAAAAAAGUUUUUUUUUUUUUUAAACCUGUAAACUGUAUUUUGCGCCUCUCUCUCUCUUUCUACUCCUGUGCUGAACUUCCCCUCUAGAUUCUUGAAACUUUUUUAAGAUCUGUAAUAUGCUGGAUCGGCCUAGCUCGUUUGGGUUUUUUUGUGCUUUAUUAUCUACAAUCUAGUAGGGCUGUGGGUUUACAUUUGAAGGAGGAAUGAGCCACCAUGGUGCCCAGUAUUAUUUGUUUGUGAGAUGGGUUGAACAGCACACUCGGUCAGUGCGGCGUUGAUCUGAGCCUGUCGUUACCAGUCGCUGUUUCAACCCCGACUCAAGUGAAACAUUUGUUAUCUGUUCAGCCUUCAGUGUCUUUAAUAUCAAAUUUCUUCGAUCAGUUUUUUGAAUAUCCGAGAAAGAGUGCAUCUUUACUGUCAAGUGCUGUGAUUUGGUGUUUUUAUACAUUAGACAUGAAUUUGACACAGCUAUUGUUGCUAUCUUUAUAAAAAAAAAAAACAUUUUUAAGCAAAAUUUUUCCAGACCUUUUUGUAAGAAGACAAAGAAAGAACUACAACAACAUGACAUUUAGGGUUUUUUUUGCUUUUCUAUGAUUGCUUUUUUUUUUCCAAUGUUGUGGCAUUUUUAAUUUUGGAUAUUGCCAAGUCUGCUGUGUCACUCUCAGUUCAAGGGCUUUUUCGAUAUAUGUAAAUGGAGUAAAAAUGCAUGUCCAACAUUCCUGAAAAAAAAAAAUCUGUAUCUUAAGGGUUUGAAUGUAAUUUAAUGGA